UGAUCGUGUCUGCUGUCCUAAAUACAAGUGAUACCAUCAUCUUCGACACACACACGGGUAUAUAUAGGAACACUCUAGAGUGUAUCCCUCGAGGGAACCCGUGCUGGGGAUGAGUGGCGCCGAUGUUGCAGCAGAGGCUGCCGACGUCACCACUAGUACGCAGGGCAGAGUUGACAAUCUGGAGAGCAAAGUUUCAGGCCUGACGGACGAGGUACAGCAGCUGCCAGGGCCUCUCCGAGCCGUCUUCGGAAAGUUUGAGAAUGAGGGGGAGUCCGGCGGCGCUGGGGUGGGCGCUGUCGUCACGGGCACUGCGUCUGCCCGCGGUCUGGUAGAAGAGGGGCCGCACAACGACGGAAUCACGCCGCCCGCACAGCACGAGGGAAGAAGCACCAGACCGGGAGCCAGCCUGGAAGUGCCAAGGAUCCCUGCUGGAGUGGACCCGGGCAUAGGACCGGGCAGCGGGGAGGUCAUGGGGUCAUCAUCCCAAGAGCAGCCUGCUGCGGUGGGCGCUUGCAUAGACUACACGGCUGCAGAAGAGAUCAUCAGCAGUAGGCCGGUUGCGGAAGGCGAACCGGUGUGGGCAUUUCAGGUCCCUGCUAACGGUGGGUUUGGGAGAUUCCAGAACACCGAAUACCUCUACAAGAUAGGCAGCGAUAGUAGAGAUGCAGCCGCCGCUCGAGGCGCUGGCCGAGGAGCCAGAGCAACCUACUCAUCACGUCGAGAAGAGCUGUGCGGCGCUGGAGGGGGUGCCGGAGACCGUACACCAAGUGUGCCUGUUGACCGCGGGAAAGUGCUUGCGCUUAGAGAGCUGGGGCAUCAUGCAUCCCCGCGACGCCGUCGAUGUGCCGUCAAAACAACCAACGCAGGACACUGCGCGCGCACCAUCCACACACAGCAGCAGCAGCAGGAGAUGGUGAAGAUGGCACCAUGGCAGCAGCGUGGAAGGGUCAAGACACAGAAAGCCGGCCGCAAGGCGAUGUGCCCAUAGCCGCAACGGAAGGGGCGUGGGUGGGCAAUAUUCAGAGAAUACGGCGAGAUGGCCGUGUGCCCAUAGCCGCGACGGAAGGGGCGUGGGGGGGCAACAUUCAGCGAGUACGGCGAGAUGGCCGUGCGCCCAUAGUCGCGACGGGAGGGGCGCGGGAGGGCAACAAGCAAAACAGCCCCGUGCUGCGCAGUAAGGAGCGUGGGGGAGGGCAUCAUACCCAAACAAUAAAUGAGGCCCAUGGCCGCGACGGAAGGGACGUGGGGGGGCAAUGAUCACAGAACACGGCGAUAUGGCCGUGCGCCCAUAGCCGCGACGGGAGGGGCGUGGUUGGGCAACAUUCAGAGAACACGGCGGUAGGGCCGUGUGCCCACAGCCGCGACGGGAGGGGCGCGGGAGGGCAACAAAAUAACACGGCGGUAGGGCCGUGCGCUCGCAGCCGCGACGGGAGGGGCGCGGGGGGGCAACAACCAAAUAACACGGCGGGACGGCCGUGUGCUCGCAGCUGCGACGGGAGGGGCGCGGGGGGGCGGCAAUCAAUGCAGCUCCAUAGCGCGUCGGGAGGGCGUGGGGGGGAGGCAAACAUUAGCUCCAUGGCGCGUCAGACGGAGCGUGAGGGCCGAAGAAAAUCGAAGCAGCCCCGUGGCGCAUCGGAAGGGGCGAGAGCGGGAACCCCGCGGCAAGUCGGAAGGCGCGUGGGGGUAGGGUACUUGCAUCGUGGUGCUAAAACGGGAACUCCUUUUGUGGCGAGGCUACAGGCCGGGACGAGCGCUGGGAGGGGAGGAACACGCAUCACAGCGCUGGAUUGUGGCACUUCUUUCUUGACGGUAUUUGGUGUUUGAUGAUAUUCGUAGCGAAGUUGGUAAAUCCUCGUGAGUUGUCAUUACUGUACUUUGGUUGAAGAGCCAGGGAGGGUGUUCCGUGUUUCUCGUAGGCGUUCGCGCCCACAUGUUCAGUAUUUCCUGAUAGUCAUUCGGUUGAGACCCUCAUUGAUUGCGGCUACGUGGUGCCGUUCUCUAGGUUGCGCAAUGUGCAGGAAGAUGGGAUACUGUUGGAACCGCUGAAGGAACGUAGGAGGAAAAAUUGGGACACCAGUGUUGUACUCCACGAGAAUAGAGGAUUGCCGAAAAAAUGCAUGCCGGUUUUGUGUCGCUCAGAAAAUGUUGAAUGAUUGCCUUCUGCCCCGGUGCGCUGUAUUUCAUCAGCGAGGGGGGGCGAUUUCGAUGUUCGUCUGAUGUUUGUUUGAAGAACAAACAGUAGUGCAGCCGCAUUGUAGUUGUUUGAACCAACUCCUCAGGAUAGUCUUGCACUUUUACUGCUUGCCAAGCGUUGGGAUAGGGCGUUUGAUGGAACGGUGAAUAUUGGUGGGGGUUUUGACCCGGAGGCCGGGUUUCCCCCUGUUGUUUUUUUUUCGUUGGUUUUUUGUCCGUUUGGUUUUUUGGUCACAUCCGGCGUGUGAAUGCCCACUAAGUGGUUAGCUACUAGCGUAAAGAACCAGGGAGGGUGUUCGUGUGUGCAUGAGCGGAUGAGAAUAUUCCAACGGGACUGUAGGAAGUGGCUACGCAGAUAGGAAUUGAUAGUCCCCUGGGUUGGUUUCAUGGGUUGAUCCACGGGACUCGACCCUGCGGGAGUGCUUGCUGUGUCGUGACACUCUCUCUCUCCCGCCGCGUCCUGAUCGUGUCUGCUGUCCUAAACACAAGUGAUACCAUCAUCUUCAACACACAUACAUGGGUAUAGUAACAGACGAUUGCUUGCUGCAGUCUAGACUUUAUGCGAGACGCACGGGUCACGCUGUGAAAGCGAGACCAAUCCAACAUGGUUGACAUGAAUAUGCAUGUGUGCGUGCGUGUGUUUUUCAAUACUGCUAUUCUGACUGCGUUAUGGAUGUAUGUAUUUAUUUGCCAAAUGUCCAUUCUCUGCAAAGGUUGUCAACGUCGGCUUUCGUGGCCGGAGCCACGAGUGUGUUGGCCAUGGCGCUGGCCCUCGCAGUGGGCGGGCAAAGUCAUCUGCUCAUUUUGAGAGCUCCCACAACGUCCGAUAGGAUGGUUGUUGCGGCGGCUGAGGCGUCCUUCGAUUGGAGGGAUGACUGAAACCUGGAGAGGACGAGUGACCAUCGUUUCUUUCCAGCUGGCAGACUAGGCAAGGAUACGUUCACAUGACGUUUUUGCUCUUGGGGCACCUGAACGUCAAGAACGCGAGUGUUUCAGUCCUGCCGAGUAACGACAUACUACGUAGAUGGCAUGUUCGUACAGCUUCGCUGUAGAAAAUGGUUUCCAUGGAUACAACCAUCGGCGCUCGCAACGUGAAAAUCGGGGGAGUUCCCCAUGGUAGUCGGCAUCAGCACCGUAGAAUUUCGACCAUCCCCCAGGCAAGAAAAACGUGCUCCCUUUGUGAAGAAUGAGAGAAUGCGACGU